UUGAUGAGUCCUCCUUUCCUUUGCCUCUAUUAACAAACCAUAAAAACCAACUGCUCAGUCGUGUCGUCUGCCACUUCCUUCAAUGGAGAAAAAGUGAAACAAAUCUCCCACUUCCAUCUUCGUCGCUAAGUUUCCCUCUCUUUUCCACCCAAAAACAACCAACUCAUUUCCCCCUCUCACUCCCCUCAAAAAACCCACCAAAAUAUGCGCCUCUUUUUCUGCUUCAUCUAUGCCUUAGCCUCCGUCGUUGCUCUCACCCUCGCCGGCACGGCGGUUAUCUCCCCCGGCCCCAACCAUUUCCUUCUCCACAGAGCCUUCCCCCACUUUCCCUCUCCCCACUUUCACUCCCUCAAAGCUCGCGACCGCCUCCGCCAUUCCCGCCUCUUGCGACGACUCGCCGGUGGCAUCGUCAAUUUCUCCGUUAAAGGCUCCUCCAAUCCUUUCGUCGGGCUUUAUUUCACCAAGGUGAAGUUGGGAAAUCCUGCGAGGGAAUUCAAUGUGCAGAUCGAUACUGGGAGUGACAUUUUGUGGGUCACUUGCAGUCCUUGCGAUGGCUGUCCUGAUUCGAGCGGACUUGGAAUUGAACUCAACUUAUUUGAUACUACAAAGUCGUCCUCUGCUAGGGUUCUUCCCUGCACAGAUCCAAUAUGUGCAGCAGUUUCAACUACUACAGAUCAAUGCUUAACCCAGACUGACCAUUGCAGUUACUCCUUCCACUAUCGGGAUAGAAGUGGAACGUCCGGCUUUUAUGUUACUGAUUCGAUGCAUUUUGACAUACUUCUUGGGGAGUCAACUAUUGCUAAUUCAUCAGCAACUAUUGUUUUUGGGUGCAGCAUAUAUCAGUAUGGGGAUUUGACUCGGGCAACCAAAGCACUUGAUGGAAUUUUUGGGUUUGGUCAAGGGGAGUUCUCAGUUAUUUCACAAUUAUCUUCUCGAGGGAUAACACCUAAAGUGUUCUCCCAUUGUUUGAAAGGAGGAGAAAAUGGAGGGGGUAUCUUGGUUCUUGGUGAGAUUCUGGAGCCCAGCAUUGUUUAUAGUCCACUUAUUCCAUCUCAGCCGCACUAUACAUUAAAGUUACAGAGUAUUGCACUCAGUGGGCAACUGUUUCCAAACCCCACCAUGUUUCCUAUAUCAAAUGCAGGAGAAACUAUUAUUGACUCCGGGACAACUUUGGCAUACCUUGUCGAAGAAGUUUAUGAUUGGAUUGUCAGUGUGAUAACUUCUGCUGUUUCUCAGUCAGCCACUCCCACAAUUUCGAGGGGUAGCCAAUGCUUCAGAGUCUCUAUGAGUGUAGCAGACAUAUUUCCUGUCCUCAGGUUUAAUUUUGAGGGCAUUGCAUCCAUGGUGGUGACUCCUGAAGAAUAUCUUCAGUUUGACUCCAUAGAACCAGCCUUAUGGUGCAUAGGUUUUCAGAAAGCUGAGGAUGGAUUGAACAUUUUAGGAGAUCUUGUUUUGAAAGAUAAAAUCAUUGUCUAUGACUUAGCUCGGCAACGGAUUGGAUGGGCGAAUUAUGACUGUUCGUCGUCCGUAAAUGUUUCUGUAACAUCUGGAAAGGAUGUUUUCAUCAAUGAAGGACAGCUGAGUGUAAGCAGCUCCUCAAGGAAGCAUUUCUAUCAGCUGCUCAACAUUGUUAUUGUACUACUAAUACAUUUAAAACUGUUCUGAAGUCCAUUUUUGAUAAUAACCCUGAGGAUUCUCGUCUUCAUUAUUUGCGCUAGCUGCGUUCCCCUGGCCAAUCUGUAUUUUGAAUGCUUGGUCGGGCUGCUCAUCGCCAACCUGCAAAGAGCAAACGUUCCUGUGCUGCCUGCAUCUUACAUCUGGCUUAAAAUGCAGGCACCUUUUUCUUUGAGCUCCUUGUUCAGCUGUGACCCACUAAAGGGUCUUCUCUUAGGUGAGAGCUGUACAUUUUGAAAUUUUAGUUCGAUCUCUGAUAAGGGGUGUGUUUCUAUAGGAAAUGGGUUGUCAAUAGCCUCCUCAGGUAGAAAUAGAGAUUGAGAGAGUUGACAUUGCUGUAUGCAUGUUCUAUUCAUCACAUAGAGUCUGAUAGAUUAAUAUGUAAAAUCAGCUGUAAUUUUGUUUUAGUUCAUCUCGACAGUCACUUAUCAUUUGAUUCAAACCGUUUGAUCGAUGAUGCUUCGGCUAAAUGCCCUGAUUUCAAAAGUUAUUUCUAGACUCAUUGCUAUAUGAGCUUUCUUUUUAUCCCCAUAGAACCAAAACUAGAGCACACCUACUUUUUAAUAGCUUUUGUCCAAUUAUGUAAUUGAAAUAAAUGCUUCGUUGAUUCAUAAUA